AUGAAAGAUACCAAGCGCAUCUUUGCCACUGGGGACUCGUUUCGGAAGCGGCGCAGUCGAUCUGGCCUUUCUCCCGCUCCCCUCCUUCCACCCGAUCUCCAGGUCUAGCGCGUCCCCGGGGGCGAAGUGUGGGGUACGAGUUUCCGCUCCGAUUGUCUGUCCCCGGCAGCCACCCCCGCCUGGCUCUGCAGGCUUCGAGAGCAGCCGCUCCGCACAAACAAGAGCGGGUCGCGGGGAGCCAGAGCCCAUCGCGAGGGCGCGGCGGCGGCUGUAGGGGCAGGCGACGGAGCGCUCGGACAGGAUCCGGAGCUGCGGAGCCGGGAGCCGUCGGCGCUGCGACCGCCGGCGGUGGAGCCCAUCUGCCCGGAGCCAUGCGACUGCCAGCAGCAGCAGCACGUCCUCUGCACCAACCGGGGACUGCGGUCGGUGCCCAAGGCCGCCGAGCCGCAGGACAUCCUCACCUACAGCCUGGGCGGCAAUUUCAUUGCCAACGUCUCGGCCUUGGACUUCCACCGCUUGGUGGCGCUGCAGCGCCUGGACUUGCAGUACAAUCGGAUCCGUUCGCUCCACCCGAAAGCCUUCGAACGCCUCGGGCGCCUGGAGGAGCUUUACCUGGGCAACAACCUCCUGGCUUCCUUGGCACCGGGCACCCUCCGCCCCCUGGCCAAGCUGCGGGUCCUCUACAUCAACGCCAAUGAGAUCAGUUACCUAAGCACGGCUUCUUUUGCCGGUCUAGGCAGUCUGGUCAAGCUGCGGCUGGACGGCAACUUGCUGGGCUCGCUGAGCGAUGCCACCUUCUCAGGACUGACCAACCUGCUGUAUUUGCAUCUGGAGGCCAACCACAUCCGCUGGCUGAGCCGCAAUGCCUUUGCUGGCCUGGGAAAGCUUCGCUUCCUUGACCUGUCUGGCAACCAGCAGAAUUUGCUGCGCCACCCAGACACCUUCCGGUCCCUGCGCUUGCUUAGCACCCUCCUCCUCUCUGGGAAUGACAUGCAACAGCUAGGGAAAGGACUCUUCCAACAUCUCUCCAAUUUGGCCAGGUUGUCACUGAGUGGGAACCGCCUGACGUGGUUGGCAGUGGAGGCUUUUGCUGGUCUGGGGUCCCUGAAAGAGUUGCAUUUGGAAGGGAACCUGCUAAACCAGCUGCCUGCCACCUUAUUCCAGCCUCUGCAAAGCCUAGAGGUGUUGGACCUAAGUAACAAUCUCCUCGCCGCCCUGCCAGCUGGGACCUUUGGUCCCCUCCAUAAGUUGAGGGAGCUCAGUUUGCAGGGAAACGCCCUGGCCUCCCUGUCUGGAGACCUCUUUGCCUCCAACCCAGCACUGUAUCGCUUGGAACUGGAUGGGAAUCCCUGGAGCUGUGAUUGCCACCUGCGAGGGCUGAAGCAGUGGCUGGCUUCCUGGCAUUCCCAGGGCCGGCUCCUGACCGUGUUUGUGCAGUGCCACCGGCCACCUGCUCUGGCUGGGAAAUACCUUGAUUACCUAGAGGAUGUGCAACUCUUCUCGUUUUCCAAUGGCUCCUGUUUGGAAGAGGUGGCUUCUUCUGCGAGCCCUGGAGGCAACGGCAGCUUCAACUUAGGCUUGGGCCAGGAGAAACAAAGCUCCCCGCCUUCUGCUUCAACCGGGUUGCUGCCAGGCUCCUGGAAGAUGGUACCAGAGAAGGGAAGUUGGCGUGUCGAGGCAGGUCCAACCACCCCGUUGCCCAGCUUUUUUAUCAGUACUAGGUCACCUUCUGUACUUGGCGCUGCUUGGCCUCGGCGAGCAGGGAAACACCACUUGGUCUCCUCGGUGUCUAGUACCCUUCCUCUGGUAACUGAUCCAUGUGAUUUUAACAAGUUGUUUCUGUACAACCUGACAGUGGAAGCCGUCACUGAGAACGCAGUGACAGUGCGCUGGGGGGUCCGCCCGCACCGCAGCCCUCGCUUGCUAGGGCCUGUGCGUUUCAGAGUUCUUUUCGAUCGCUUUGGCACGGCCGUCAAGUUCCAGCGCUUUGUUUAUCUCCCCGAAUGGAACGAGCCAGUAGCUACUUUGCGGGAACUGCGUCCGGAUACCCCAUAUCUGGUCUGUGUGGAGGGAGUGAUGGGGGGCCGGGUCUGCCCAGUGGCACCACGGGACCAUUGUGCAGGGCUGGUCACUUUGCCUGAAGAGGGCGUGGGGGGAGCAGCUGCUGCGAUGGCUGGAGGGACCCAAAGCUUGGAUCAGCAGCUGCUCACCCUUGUGCUGCUGGCGGUCAACGCACUGCUGCUCUUCCUGGCCUUGGCAGCCUGGGCCUCCCGCCUGGUGCGGAAGAAGAUCCUGGGGUGCCGUCGGAGAAAGGCGGCCUCACCGGUCCACGUUAGGCAGAUGUAUUCCACCCGCCGGCCCCUCCGGUCCAUGGGUACAGGUGUUUCCACCGACUUUUCCGGCUUCCAGUCCCACCGUACACCCCGUAGUGCUGUUUGUGCCUUGCGUGAGGCUGACCUCAUCGAGUUCCCUUGUGAACGCUUCAUGGAUAGUAGUGCUGGAGGGAACAGCAGUGCCCGACGUGGAGAAGACCAUCUGUUGCAACGGUUUGCAGACUAGAAAUGGGGUCUACAUUAACCUGCCAGUAUGUUAUCAUGAAGUGCCUGCUGGCAUUAUGAUUUAGUGAAGUCUGUGGUAAUAGCAGCCUCUGCAAAGGUGGCCCCCUGGGUAUUGCAAAGCUACAACCCCCAGCAGCCUUAGUUAGCAUGGCCAAUGGUGAGGGUGCUGGGAGUUACAGUUCAGCAACGGCUAGAGGGCCCCCUGUUCCUAUCUCAGUUUUAGAUCUGCCAAUGUACAAAAAAAGAUGGCUGAUUAAAAAUGGUGGAACUCCUAGAGUGGGAUGUGCUAAAAAAUGAAGGUAGCAAGAAAGGCUUUCCUGAAUUUACUGAUGGCCAUUUUUACUUAGACGAUUUGCGAUCUUCUUUGGGAUCAAAUCUAUGAUUGUUUAAAAGCUAGUUACAGUGGGAGUCUACCAUGUUCUCUCUCAAACUGCCAUUAUUGUGGCUGAGUGGGCAUUGAUCUCUGUUUGUGAAUUAGAUAGAUCCUGAUGGGAAAACAGGUUUCAGUUGUCCAAUCAUUAGUUGCCACAUGAAAACAGCAUCUCUAACAAUCCCUAACCUGUGGAUGUAACUCUAGCUACCCAGUAUUGUUCUUGGAUAAGAAAUUAACUAAGAUAACUGGAGUGAAACAAACAAGGGUACAAAAAAAGUUUUAUAUAAAUGUUUGCACUGGACAGAUUUUUGUGCAUUUCAGGUUACUUCAGAUUCUGCCUUUUGCACCAUUUAAGUCACCGUUUACAUCUCGUGUAAGCAAGAUCAAGCCUGAGGAUUUUAUUUUCAAUGUUACUUGGCCUGCAAAAACCUGUGCAACCACAAGAUGGCAGUGAAGAGAUACAGACAGAUGUACCUCUUUGCUGUCAUUUCAUAGUUAUCUGCAUUUAUGGAGCCCAGAUACGGUAGCUUUACCAAUUGGAUGGUGCAAAAACCUGUUUUCUACUUCAAUACAUCCUAGAGAAGCAGUGAUGUAAUUUCCUCCAGACACAGAAAGCUGUAUACACAUGUGGAGCCUGACGGUUGAGCCUUUUGCCUGCCACUGCUGCUACUCACAGGGUUAGUUCUGAGUAUGCAUUGCAAACUUUGAGAGCAAUGGAAGAGGGAUCAGUAAAAUUAUUAUUGUUUCUGAAUGAAAUGCCACUCAAAGAAGGAGCUGUUUAGUGUCACUCCCUUGAUGGACAGCUGAGACUCUACUGGGUUUAACUCAAACUUUUAGAAUUAAACUUUUGGUCGAUGCCUGUUAUGAAGGCAGUUAACCUCAGUUAUGUUUCCUAAACUGAGUUCACUCUUCUCUAAGAGUCUGUAUUUAGGAUGAGCCAGAUUUGCUACUUGCUUGUCAAAAAAAUGUGAACCCCAAUUACUACUAUGAUGCAGGGAAUAUUCUUGAAUUUCUACUAUUAGACACUGACUUUUAAUUCUCAUCAGCUCUUUCAAGUCAUAGUUUUUGAUUAAAAAUAUUUUUUUCUAGAGGGGCCUUGAAAAAAUGUUUAACUUGUAAGUGAGCUGAAGAAGCAAGAAUGGUGCUUUUUUAUACUGACCAGGGCUUUCUUUUAUUAGACGAAUGUAAGAAGUUUUAAUGUAUGUUUAUAUAACAUGUGCAGAAAAUAAAUAAAGAAAUAGAAAAGAUGAAGGAAGGAAGGCAGGAAGAAAGAAAUGUCAAUUUUGCAAAAUUCAAUUGCUGACUCUGUUAGGGAGAAGAAUCCUAAUCCAGUUUGUUACAAUUUGUUUAGAAUUAUUUUUUACAGUGGUCUUGAAUAAAUACU